GCCUCCAAGGCGCAGGCCGGCGUCGCCCUCGGGGCUGGGGCCGGGGCCGGGCCGGGGCCGUGCGAAGCAGGGGCCGGGCUCCUCCUGCUCGCUGCCCGGCUGCUGUUUCUGCGGCGCUGUACAGAUGAAUCCAAGUUGGGGCCCUCACGCUGCGGAGCAGGGCUAGUGGCAGGGCCCCGUUCUCUGGACAUGAAUGACUCUGCGUGGGGCGUGUGUAAUCCCAUUGACUUCAAAGGCCCGAGGGAAGUUGUAUCUAAUAUUUGGCGAAAUGGCCAUGCAAAUGCAGUAUGAAGCAAAUGCAGAGACAUCAACUGAGGAAGAGAGCUUGGGUCCACAGCCCAUAUCUAGGCUAGAGCAAUGUGGUAUAAAUGCAAAUGAUGUGAAGAAGUUGGAAGAAGCUGGAUUUCACACAGUUGAGGCUGUUGCUUAUGCACCAAAGAAGGAGCUACUAAAUAUUAAAGGCAUCAGUGAAGCCAAAGCUGACAAAAUCUUGGCAGAAGCAGCUAAACUGAUUCCAAUGGGUUUCACCACAGCAACAGAGUUCCAUCAGCGGAGGUCUGAGAUCAUCCAGAUCACCACUGGAUCCAAAGAACUUGAUAAACUGCUUCAAGGGGGAAUAGAAACAGGGUCCAUAACUGAGAUGUUUGGGGAAUUCCGCACUGGGAAGACACAGUUGUGUCACACGCUGGCAGUAACCUGUCAACUUCCCAUUGACCGAGGUGGUGGCGAAGGAAAGGCCAUGUACAUCGACACAGAGGGUACCUUCCGCCCAGAACGUCUACUUGCUGUGGCUGAAAGAUAUGGCUUAUCUGGCAGUGAUGUCCUUGAUAAUGUGGCAUAUGCUCGAGCAUUUAACACAGACCAUCAGACCCAGCUCUUGUAUCAGGCAUCUGCUAUGAUGGUUGAAUCAAGGUAUGCAUUGCUGAUAGUGGACAGCGCCACAGCCCUAUAUAGGACUGAUUACUCCGGCAGGGGUGAGCUGUCAGCCAGGCAGAUGCAUUUGGCCAGAUUUUUGCGUAUGCUACUUCGACUUGCAGAUGAGUUUGGUGUGGCAGUUGUGAUCACUAACCAGGUAGUAGCACAGGUAGAUGGAGCUGCCAUGUUUUCUGCAGAUCCCAAAAAGCCUAUUGGAGGGAACAUCAUAGCACAUGCCUCAACCACAAGGCUCUAUCUGAGAAAAGGCCGAGGUGAAACCAGAAUAUGCAAAAUUUAUGACUCUCCUUGCCUUCCUGAGGCUGAAGCUAUGUUUGCUAUUAAUGCUGAUGGAGUGGGAGAUGCUAAAGACUGAGGAGCCCAUUCCAUUUCACUUGUAACAACAUGAGGCUGUUGACCAAAGGAGGCUGCCUUCUCUAUAAGGCCAACUUUUACUGAUGCUCUCCUACUGCAGCCACUGGAAAGGCUGCUUGAAGAAUCUAUCGCAUUUGGGUGCCUACACAGAUAUGUUUGGGACACAUCAGGAGCAGCUAGUCCUGGUUGGAGGAGUUUCUCUUGGGGAAUAUAGCUGUUUCUUUUGAACACCCGAGAGGGCCAUAAUUCCCCUGACAACUGUUGCUACAGUUGGAUGCUGCCAAUGGAGGUAGCACAGUAGUAUUGUUACUGCACUUGGCAACAAUUUGUAAUUUUUUUUUGUGAAUUCUGUGCAAGGUUAUUGGGUUUGUCAAAUGGGAGGGGUGAUAACUUAAACGUUUAUUUUCCAAGUUAUUUGAAUGAUUAAUUGAGAAAUAAAACAGACUAGUGUUACAAGAUACAGGUACAAGAAUAACCGCUGCAUCAUGUAGCUCCAGUGAAGACCACAACAUACUAAUUCCAUUCUUUUGGCUGUUGCAAACAUCCUCUGUUUUUGAAUUUGCAUUUGUGUGGAUUUCUUUUGUAUCUCAAUAGCACUGAAUGAGAAUCUGUUUUUAAUAAAGGAGUCAUGAAAUAUUG